CGCAUAGACGCACUAAAGCGGGUCGGUCAGCAGGGUUAAGUUCUCGAGAUAAUUUCACAAUUUAAGACAUUUUAUAACAAUCAAUUUGUUAACUGGACCAUCUUCACUUAACUUCAGUGUGAGCCUGCAUUUGUUAAUAUAAGUUAAUUAAUGCCCGACUUAAAUUUUCCGACCGAAGGACCGACAUCAAAUCUGGUAGAUGUCUUAGCUUUAUGCUAACGUUUAAGUGUCACAGUAGAAGAUGGACCAGCCGUCAUGUAAGCGAAUUUAUGUAGAAAGAACCCUGGCUCUAAUUAAACCAAAUGCAGUCGACAAAGCAGAGGAGAUUGAAGACAUUAUACUAAAAGCUGGCUUCACUAUCCUACAAAAGAGAAAGCUGCAGCUCAGUCCAGAGCAGUGCAGUGACUUUUACGCAGACCAGUAUGGAAAGCUGUUCUUUCCCAGCUUGACUGCCUUCAUGAGCUCUGGCCCCAUCGUUGCCUUGACUCUGGCCCGUGACGACGCUGUGACCCACUGGAAGUCCAUCAUAGGGCCUGUCAACAGCGUCAAAGCCAGAGAAACACAUCCAGAGUGCCUUAGAGCAAAGUAUGGAACUUCUGACCUGAAGAACGGGCUCCAUGGCAGUGCAACAUUUAGUGUGGCUAAAAGGGAGAUCAAAUUUAUGUUCCCUAACUCUAUUAUUGAGCCCUUUCCCUCUAAAGAAGCAACAGCAGAGUACCUGAGUAGGUAUGUGAACCCAACUCUGCUGCAGGGACUCAUAAAUCUCUGCAAGCACAAGCCACAAAACCCCUGUAUCUGGCUUGCUGACUGGCUGAUCAAAAAUAAUCCAAACAAGCCUCAAAUAUGUGAUGGAGCCAUUGUGGAAGAAGUAGAAUAGCUAUGUGAAUUAUUUUUAUAAAUGCAUAAUUCAAACAUUUUUUAGAACCAUUCUUCUGGUCACUUCUUACAUUAAAUAAAGGUUUUUGUCAGUA